AUUAAAUACGGCUUUACUUGGAGUCAGUUAUGACAUUAGGAAAAUGAGGGUAGCAUCCGAAUACAUCGUGCUGAUUGUCUGGAUUCAUCUGAUAAAAGAUACCUCACCAAGUUGGGUGGAUUAUCCAUCAGGGGCAUGUCUGGAAGGAUUCAACGACGUAAGAAAAGACUAUGUCAAUUCUAUGGCCGAUUGCAAAACACUGUGUGAAGCUGAGACAACAAUUGUAUGCCGAUCAAUUGAUUAUGGUGUACACAACAACCCUACAACCCAACCAACUACACAAAAUGAAGUAACUACUAAGCCUACUACCCAACCAACUACACAAAAUGAAGUAACCACUGAGCAAACUACCAAACCAACUACACAAAAUGAAGUAACUACUGGGUCUACUGCCCAACCAACUACACAAAAUGAAGUAACUACUAAGCCUACUACCCAACCAACUACACAAAAUGAAGUAACCACUGAGCAAACUACCCAACCAACUACACAAAAUGAAGUAACCACUGAGCAAACUACCCAACCAACUACACAAAAUGAAGUUACUACUAAGCCUACUACCCAACCAACUACACAAAAUGAAGUAACCACUGAGCAAACUACCCAACCAACUACACAAAAUGUAGUAACUACUGGGUCUACUGCCCAACCAACUACACAAAAUGUAGUAACUACUGGGUCUACUGCCCAACCAACUACACAAAAUGUAGUAACUACUGGGUCUACUGCCCAACCAACUACACAAAAUGAAUUAACUACUGAACCAACUACUCAAUCAACAUCAAAAAAUGAAAUAACUACUCAGCCUAGUGCUCAAACAACUACCCAAAAUGAUGAAACUACUGAGCCGACUUCCCAAACAACGACACAAACUGAUGUGACUAGUAAGCCCAUUACCCAAACAACUAUACAAGAUGGAAAAACUGUUGAUUCAACUACCCAAACAACUAAACAAAACAAUACCCUUCAACAAACUACGACUUACAGUUUUGUUGCACCUAGAAUUCGUCCACUAUUUAUCAACGAAAUCAUAAAAGAAAAGCUGGAAUCUGAAGUGUAUAAACCUCCUAAGAAAAAAGAGCAUGUACCAGUCGAAGCAAAAUAUGCAGCGGUUGUUGGUGUGCCUCCCUGUAUAAUAAUUAUAAUUUCUGUCGGGCUAUUCGUUUUAUCUGAUUUGCCCAUGAUGUUUAGGCACAGUAGGAGAGGUUGUAGGUACAUCAAAAGUACUGUUCUGUUUUUGACCAGCAGGUCUCCGUAAGGACAAAUAUGUCUGACCAUUGCUGCCAAAUUUUAUGAAAUCUGUAAAAUACACUUCCGUCCAUAGAAAAGAAAAUCAGUAUUCUUUGAAAUAUUUUGGGAGAAAAAUCAUAGUUUGAAAGAUAAAGUGGCAAUUGGAAAACUCGGGAUUUUUGAAAAUAAAUGAAAUAAAAUUAGAGUUUACAAAAAAAUAAUUUGACACCAUUCGAAAAAAUCGGUAAAAAAUCGGGAUUGCCAAAAAUAGAACUGGUGAAACUAAGGAUUGACAAAGAAAAC